AGAAAGCACCGCCAAACGAGGCUCGCUGGUAACUUCAGCCUCCUCCAUGAGAAGAGCAAGAAAAGGAUCAAGGGGAAGCCACCACCAAAGCAACGAUACCUGGUCUGUCAAGCCUCAUCGCGGUACUCCUCAACAACCACCGCAUGGUUCCCAAGAACAACAAGAGGAAUCCAAUCUUAAUUCUCCUUCAACCUCCUCUACUUCUAAUCAACAGCAAUUCCCUAAUUCUACCCAAGAACCCCAUAAAACGCAUCUAAAUACCAGCUGGAAAUACCGACGUGGCCACGUGGUGAAAACACAGUUCGUUAAAAGAUCCGACCUCGCUUCUUCCAAACACGAGCUUAGCUCUGAGGAUAAUAACGCGAGUUUGGGUGUAGCUGAAGACAUGGAUGUGGACCAAAAUGAAAAUAAAGGAAGAGAGGUUUUGGAGUCAAAGAUUGAAGAGGACGGAGAGAAAAUUGAAGGAGAUGAACCACAUGACGGCGCGGAUGAUUUCGUGAAUAGGUUGGAGGAGCUGCGGUUAAGGGGGGAUGAACCCGAGUUGCCGGAGGAACAACUGAGCAUCAAUGAACAGUUGCAGGAGGACGAGCUACUUGUGAUACAGUCUAUUUAUGGAGACAAUGUCUUCAUCCUCGAGGAACAUAUGGGCUUACGGUCCUUGAAGAUUCAUAUUCAUCUUGAAGGCUGUGGAGAGAAAAUUAUAAAAACAAAAUUUAAUUCAUCUAAUGUUGUUGGUGCAAAAAGCGAGGCUUCGGAUGACUUUUCAUACUCAUUCAAAGUCCAGCAUCUUCCACCGAUUGUGUUGACUUGUUUACUGCCUAAAUCGUACCCCAGUCAUCUUCCUCCUUAUUUCACCCUCUCUGUUCAGUGGUUGCAUCCUGCUAGAAUCUCCGAUCUUUGUGGUCAGCUUGACUCAUUAUGGAAGGAGCAAGAAGGGCAAGAAGUUAUGUACCAAUGGGCAGAAUGGUUACAGAAUUUCUCUCUUUCUUAUUUUGGGUUUGAUAAAGAAAUAAUUCUUGGUCCUUAUGGUAUUGAGAACACUGGAGAUAGACGUGCAAUUUCAGGAUGUGUCUCCCCAGAUGUUGAUGUUCCAAUUAUUAGGAGUUACAAUGAAGAUAAAUUACAUGAGAACUUCCUAAAAGGCUUGCAUGAAUGUUCAAUCUGUCUUAAUGAGCAUGCAGGUAUUGACUUUGUUAGGCUGCCAUGCAAGCAUUUCUACUGCUGGAAAUGCAUGGAAACUUAUUCUAAUAUGCAUAUCUCUGACGCCACCAUAACCAAGCUGCAAUGCCCUGAAGCUAAAUGUGGUGGUAUGGUCCCUCCUGCUUUAUUGAAACGGUUGCUUGGCGAUGAAGGGUAUGAACGAUGGGAAUCCCUUAUGCUACAGAAAACACUUGAAUCAAUGUCAGAUGUUGCAUAUUGCCCAAGGUGUGAAACACCUUGUAUAGAGGAUGAAGAGCAACAUGCACAAUGCUCCAAGUGCUUCUUUAGCUUUUGUACCCUUUGUAGGGAGCGCCGUCAUGUUGGCAUAGCUUGUAUGACACCAGAAAUUAAGCUUCGUGUCCUGCAGGAACGCCAAAGUUCAUCCCAAUUGGACCAUGAGCAAAAGCGCAGGGAGCGUGAGAUGAUCAAUGAACUUCUCAGCUUGAAGGAAAUAAUGCGUGACGCCAAGCAAUGUCCAUCUUGUAAGAUGGCAAUCUCAAGGACUGAGGGAUGUAACAAGAUCGUAUGUGAGAACUGUGGGCAGUAUUUCUGCUACCGAUGUAACAGUGCGAUUAGCGGAUAUGAUCAUUUCAGGGAUGGGGCAUGUGAAUUGUUCCCACAAGAACUGAUACGGGAGUGGGAGGAAAGGGUGAAUGUACGCCAGGUAUUAGGUCAAGUUCACGCUCAACUAUUUGCUGACCGUGGGCUGCCGUGCCCUAACUGUCGUCAGUUCAAUGCAAAGGUAGGCAACAACAAUCACUUAUUCUGCUGGGCAUGCCAAAUGCACUACUGUUACUUAUGCAAAAAGAUUGUAAGGCGCGGUUCUCAACACUAUGGACCCAAGGGCUGCAAGCAGCACACAGAGGGAUAGCAGCAAAUACCAUCGAUCAACCUUAUUGAUAGAUGAUGUGGUGAAGGAAUAGAACCCCUGCCCGCCGUCUUCCAAGGGCAAGGAUAUUUGGUUGGUCUAUUUGUGUUUCCUAUUCUUCCUUAAAAGACAUUUUUCUCGUGUGUUGUAAAUUACUAAAAUUUUGUUCUUGGUAUCAUCAUCCCCGUCUAGGUAAUGGCUUUGAAAUAAUUUCAGUUUCCAAAUUGGAUGCUGGUUCUGGACGUAAAUUUGAGAUCAGUCUUUCUUUCAAUUGAAUUGUAGCAAAUAAAAAGGAACUUUUUGGAACCUAUCCAGUAGAGAUGUUAUUAUGGAUUAUUAUCGUCAGCAGUCAGUUGAGUAAAAAACUCUACAAGACUAUAAUAAAAUAAUAAUUAAUUUUUUAUUAUAUAUUUUUAA